CAUAGGUCAGAGGCGAGGCGCUUGCGCUGGAAGAUGGCGGCCUCCUUGUGCUCGCUACUCGUGCGGCGUUCGCCCUCACGUCUCAGCAAGGCGCUCUCCUCCUCCUCCUCUUCCUCCUGCUCCUCUUGUCACGGCCUCCUGGUCAAGGCCGCCUUCUCGCUGGGCUCCUCCAGCGCCGCGAGCCUCUCCGAGGCGCCGGACGACGGCAGAUGUGCCGGAGAACAUGUGCCUGUCAGAAGCUCCAAUGGAGCGAGGAGUUCCUUCGUGGAAAUACAGGAGAAGCGCAUGCAGCAAGCGGAUCGGAGUGUUCUCAUCAGCUGCCCCAAGAGCAUUGCCAAGAGCAACCUUCUGCAGUUCCUGUCCAACCAUGGACACAUUAAUAAUUACUUCUUCUACGAAUCGUAUGGUAUGUACAUGCUGGUGGAGUUUGCAGACAAGAAUGGAGCUCAGGCCCUUUGCGAUGCUGGUUGCAUCCCACACACGAAAGGGGAGUUCCCGAUGCCCUUCCGCUCACGCGUUCUGGCCAUUCGGCCCCGGAUGUUUCCCAAUGCUGCGUCUGCACAACCGACUUCAACGAUGCCCGAGACCGACAUCCACAUCAUCAACAGAGAGCCAGUGUCGAACAAAGACAUUAUUAGCAGGCUCAACAGCCUGGAAAGUACGGAGCAACAGCUGCGCACUCUAGUGGAUAUGCAGCAACUGACAGAUGCAGAUGUGCGACUGCGCUUCAUGGUUUGCUCGCUGCUGCAGGACAUGUGCGCCACUAUCUUCCCCGGCACGCUCGUGCGCCCCUUCGGCUCCAGCAUCAACUCAUUUGGGCACACCGGCUGUGACCUUGACAUGCUGCUCGACCUGGACGGCGUGCUGUUCGGAAACAAGAGACAUAUGGUGACGAACAACUUUGAGCUGGAUUACCAGGUGAAGAUGCUGUCGUCAGAGCGUUCCGUGACACAGAGCGUGCUGUCGGUGAUGGGGGAGUGUCUGGACUACUUCAGCCCAGGCUGUGUUGGCGUGCAGAAGAUCCUGCAGGCACGCUGCCCACUUGUCCGCUUCUCACACCAGCCUUCAAGUUUGCAGUGCGACUUCACUGCCAACAACAGGAUAGCACUGAAGAGCACAGAGAUGCUGUACAUAUAUGGGCAGGUGGACGAGCGCGUGCGGCAACUCGUGUUCGCUGUGCGGAGCUGGGCACGCUCACACGGCCUCACCAGCAGCAUCUCGGGUGCCUGGAUCACCAACUUCGCGCUCACCACCAUGGUGCUAUUCUUCCUGCAGAAACGAAGUCCACCCAUUGUUCCUACGCUGGAGCAGCUGCGGAAACUUGCAGAUCCUGAGGAUGUACAGAUCGUGGAAGGACAUGACUGCACUAUCGUGAGCAAUUUGGAAAAAAUAACAUCUUCUCAAAACACUGAAACUUUAGAUGAACUGCUGGUGGAGUUUUUCAACUUCUAUGGAAGUUUUUCCUUCAGUAAGCAUUCAAUAAACAUAUGGAAGGGCUCCGAGCAGAACAAACCUGAGAGCAGCCCUCUGUAUAUCGUCAACCCAUUUGAGCAACACCUUAACAUCAGCAAGAAUGUAAACGUGUCACAGCUGGAGCGCUUUGUGCAGCUGGCGCGCAACAGCGUGUGGCAGCUUCAGCAUCAGGAAAAGCAAAGCAGCCCAAAGAACAGGCCCUGGGGCCUGACUGCUGUGAUGUCCAGCCAGCUGCAGAGUAACAACACAAAGGGACGUGGAAGAAUGAAAUCAGGAGAGACACUGAGCAAGAUCCGAUCGCUCCUAGAAAACUCUUUAUUGAACAAGGCAGGUGGAAAUGUGAGGAAAAUGCAGGGUGGAUCUGGUAAGAGCAUCAAGCAGGGUGGACCAACUAAAACCAAUGCCAAUAUCAAGUGACUACAAGCAAUAUGGCUCAUCAUUGUGUGAACUGCAGCGAUCGAAAACAAUUAUAAAGAGCUCAAUAGCUGAAAGCAUACAACACCUUUAGCACAUCAAAGUAACUGUUGAGUUGCGAUGUUAUUCACUAUGAGUUAAAAGAAAAUGUCAGGGGGAAGAAACCUAAAAAAGUAUUUCUGUUUCGGAAAGACGGUUUGUUUUCAUAGUUUUUUGACACAAAAGAGGGCUUAUCCUAUGGUUUUGUGGUAAAUCAUUGUUGAAACGUAUUUGACAACAUUGGGUAACUUAUAAUUUCGGGUGUGGUUUGGGGAAUGUAUGUACAUUUGAAAGUGAAUGUAAUUCAAUGUUUUACAAAAUCACUUUUGACGUGUAUGUAAUUACAUGGCAGAUUUUUUUUCAUUUAUUUGAGUUGUUCCCUUUGUCUCAUUGGAUUUUGAGAGAUCCUUGACUACCAUUGCCAUCUAUAUCUCCUGUGCGUGCAUCGUUUAGCAACCUUCUAGUCUUGAUAUCAAUGUGUUUAUUUUUUAACGCCACUUGCUGAGUUUUGGCAUUUUAAAUACAGCGCCACAUCUGGUGUACCUUGCAAACAUAACCUCAGCAUUGUACAUAAUUGAAUAAUAAAAAUGUAUUACUAUA